AUGGCGGUUACCAGGGAGGUUAUCAAGGCGGCUACCAAGGACAAGGACAAGGAGGCUAUCAGGGAGGGGGAUAUCAAGGGGGUGGAUAUCAGGGUGGCCCUCCGCCUCCUCCUCCUCCCCAGCAAUGGCAGGGCGGCGGUGGUGGACCAGGAGGACCAGGAGGCUACAAUCAGUAUCCCCCUCAACACCACCAAUAUCCUCCUCAGCAUCACCAACAGAACCAAUGGGGUCCUCCGCCAGGUCCCCCACCGCCAGGUCUCGAUCCAUACGGCUAUCCCAUGCGGCCUCCGCAACACCAGCAGCACGCCGCCUCCCACAGGCGCGCAGGAGUUCGGGCAUGGGGCUCCCCAGGGCUACACCUUCCAGUACUCGAACUGCACGGGCCGGCGCAAGGCGCUGCUGAUUGGCAUCAACUACUUCGGGCAGGACGGCGAGCUGCGGGGGUGCAUCAACGACGCAAGGAACGUGUCGUCCUUCCUGAUCGAGCGGUACGGCUACAAGCGCGAGGACAUGGUGGUCCUGACGGACGACCAGACCAACGCGAUGAUGCAGCCGACCAAGCAGAACAUCCUGCGGGCGAUGAGCUGGCUGGUGCAGGGGGCGCAGGCCAACGACUCGCUGUUCCUGCACUACUCGGGCCACGGCGGGCAGACGGCGGACCUGGACGGCGACGAGCAGGACGGCACCGACGAGGUCAUCUACCCGGUCGACUUCCGGCAGGCGGGCCACAUCGUCGACGACGAGAUCCACCACUGGGUCGUCAAGCCGCUGCAGGCCGGCGUGCGGCUGACGGCCAUCUUCGACAGCUGCCACUCCGGCUCCGUCCUGGACCUGCCCUACAUCUACUCCACCAAGGGCGUGCUCAAGGAGCCCAACCUCGCCAAGGAGGCCGGCCAGGGCCUGCUGGCCGCCGUGUCGGCCUACGCGAGCGGCAACAUGGGCGGCGUGGCCUCGUCCAUCUUCGGGUUCGCCAAGACGGCGUUCAAGGGCGACGACGCGUACCAGAAGACCAUCGAGACCAAGACGUCGCCGGCGGACGUGAUCAUGUGGUCGGGCAGCAAGGACGACCAGACCUCUGCCGAUGCAACGAUCGCCUCACAGGCCACGGGCGCCAUGUCCUAUGCCUUCAUCUCGGCGAUUAAGCAGAACCCGAACCAGAGCUAUGUCGAGUUGCUGAAUAGCAUCCGGGAGAUCCUGGAGGCAAAGUACUCGCAGAAGCCGCAACUAUCGUGUAGCCAUCCCUUAGAUACAAAUCUACUAUUUGUCAUGUAG